CUGUAUCUGAGAGAUAUUGAUAUUAAAUUUUCAACAUCCUCAAAAAAAAUGAUCAAGAUCAAGAUUUCCGAUCGAAAAUUGGCGAACUUCGCCACAGUUUAUGGUACGGGAGGCCGAAUCAUCCGACCCGCUAGUAUAGACUACCGACAAAGCGAUCUGCGGACGCUCGUUUUGAUUAAGAGGACUCAAAGUAAGCAAUUCAUCUUCACAGAUAUUGAUUUGUUUCAGAUUCAGACUCCUUCUUGGCUUCUGAGAUGAUGCCGGUGGAACAAGAUGAAUUACUGUGCGCUCUAACUUGUCGGUUUCUUAUGUCGAGGACGUAACGAGUCUUUUGACCUCGAGAAUGACUGCAGUGGCGAUAGAAAAUAAUCUCGAGAUUGACGUGAGGAGGCUGGGUCUUUCGGGGGAGGAGGAUGAAGAAGAGGAAUGCGUAGGCGACGUGGGUGGACGACGUGACCUGGGCGAAGAAGACCUUGGACGGAAGGAGAAGGACAAGAAAGUGACGAGACCACCACGUUCAUCUUCUGUCCUCCAAUCGCUUCUAUUCAAACGUUGUAUCUGUGGUGGAGCUACCUUUUUGCAGGAGAUGUUGGGGAGUGGAGCGUGGCGUUUUUUGAUUCGCAUCACAGUGCCUGAAGAUCCUGGAUAUAUCCAUCCUCAGAAUCAGAUUCAAUACGCGCGUUUGUUCCUGCUGACAAGACGUAGAGCAAUGGACCACGAUGAGGGAUCAUCUUCGCAGAUGAACAGAGGAGAAGGGGAAGAUAUGCGGAAUGUCAACAACAAUGACGAUCCCUUCGGCAUGAAUGAGGGAGAUGAGGAAUCAACUGAUGCUGAUCUUGCGGCAUCAAUAAAUGCUUUAGGGAGGUGGAAAAGGAGAGGACUUGCAGCAGCUGCGCGACGAGCAGAAGCAACGGAUGAAAAUCGCGCUGCGCAUGAAGAAGCAGAGGCAGGAUCACGACCUUCAGUUAAGUAUGGUUACAGUUUUUCAUCAUGCUGAAGUUCGACCUAUCUUCGUUCUUCACCGCACGAGGGUAAAUGGGAACUGAAGUUGAACCUCUACUGCAUGAUGAGAAACUACGACUACCCACUUCAAUUUACAGCCCCCUUCAGAAACAGAAGCUGAGAAUUUAACAAUCGUACCUGUGCGUCCGCCUCUCCUAGUGCAGAGUGAAAACGCCGAUGCUACUAGAACUGUGAUUCAUUUGGCAAACCUCAUCGAGUAUGGCACAGGCACACGGACUAUCUGGCGUGAACAGCUUUUCGCCGCAGAAGUCGAUAAUCCGAGGUAUAGUUCUUAAGGAUGAAGGUCGUGAUGUGGAUGUCCGAAACGGAAAGACAUUGAUCUUUGAGUUUGAGUGACAGUGUAAGUGGACCAUUCUAACUCACACUCACGGAAGACGUUGCGAUCGGCGAUGCAGGAGUCAAGGGGGCGAAGUCAGGCGCUUGCUUUGGUUGUUUUGCCGGUUACACAUUCGGGGCCUAUGAAUGGUGGAGCACGAAAGGGGCCGCUCAAAUAUCUAGCACGACUGCUUCAUCUUCCACUGCCAGCAUAAGUGGUGGUGGUGCAGCAACAUCAUCAUCUUCAACGUCUGCAUCAGCUGUACUAGGCACAUCGACCACAACAUCUACAUCUUCUACAUCUUCUUCUUCUUUGCUUACCAAGCUAAAGUUCACCCUCGUGCAUGCAACACCACACGCCAUUGGACCAGCAGGAGUGGUAGGCUUUCUUUGCGCAUUCUACGGGGGAGUUUUUGGGUAUUUGCGAGAUGUGAUCAGAUCAGACCCCAGGCAAGCCGAAAUGGAGGACUACACAUGCACUUCCUUUAUAGACGACCUUGCAGCAGCGAUGCGGAACCCGACAGGACGCACGCUUACUGCACAGGAUCGGGCGUAUUUGGGGAUAGGGAAUAACUAAGAGAGUACUUCUUGUCAACACCUUUUAGCAUAUUCAAUCAUACAUUUGUUCUUGAAAAUAAAAUCUUCCACGACAUCAUGACACAGUCACAGACACAUAACUAAGUAAUGUUGACGCAACUUCUUCUAAUCCUGUCUUCAUGCCGCAUAAACCAGAACUUCUUAGUGUUUUGAAACCAGAACUUCUGAGUGUGGUUGCUUAAGGAAGCAUCAUGACGCUCUGAAGUUGUUUCAUUAACAUGCGACACGAGACACAGCAAAUCGUGAUACUCCCGAUAGACAUAGCACGGAUGCUGACCAGUCAUUGAUGCGACAGCGAACCAGCACCAGAUAGUCCACUGGAGUGUUGGCUUUGUUAUAUAUAACUGGUCUCGUCGUCGUCUUCGGAUGUUACAAAAAUAUACUUACUUCGUCGUACAG